AUUUAAAUCAAAUUAAAACUGUGAUUGAUCUCCAGAAAAGUGUGUGUGCUUCUCUUUCUCUCCUCUGGGUGGCAGCAGCGGCGGCGGCGGCGGCGGCAGGGUGACGUGACGUCACGACACUCAUCAACAUCGUCACACACUGCAAGCUACUCCGGCGGCGCGAGUGUUACAGGAGAGAUGGUUUGCAUUCCCUGUAUUGUGAUUCCUGUCCUGUUGUGGGUGUAUAAACGCUUUCUGGAGCCCAUCAUUUAUCCGAUCAUCUCACCUUUCAUUAGUCGCUUUUGGAGCAAACCAGCACUGAAUCAGACGACUGAUGAUCACAGUAAAGCUGAAUGCAAUGGAGCAGCAAACAACCAUACAGCCAACGGACCCAAGACAGUGGCCGAUAAAAAAGCCGACUGACAGAUCUCCAUCAUCUUUAUGUUCAACUUUGUAGAUUAUUAUCUUUUCAGUCAAUUUCAGCUAUAUUCACAGAUCAGUAAUACACACUCAAAACAUUGCUUGACAUAAUGUACGUUAAAAUAGUUAUUCAGAAUGAAGAUAUUAAUAUAUAGAUUUUUUUAUCAUUCCAUGAUCAUGUUGUACUUCCUGACUAGUUUUAACUUUCAAUGUAUAACUUAAUGCACAACUUAAUUUAAAAAUAAACAUUUUAAUUCCUA